GGGGAACAGAGUGAUCUACCGAAAGGAAAUAAGCAAUAAUGGCUACGUCAGGUGAUGAUGAUUGUGUUUUUAGUGUGGAAAUAACGGACAAAAACGAACAGGAAAAAUGUGAAGAAAAUAAGCCAAAACCAAAAUGUGGCCAGACAGUGACUGUUCAUUACACAGGAAAGUUGACAAAUGGGAACACAUUUGACUCUUCAAGAGAUCGUUGUAAACCGUUUGAAUUCAAGCUUGGUAAGGGUGAAGUAAUCAAAGGUUGGGAGGAAGGAGUAGCACAGAUGUGUAUUGGUCAAACGGCAAGGAUAACCUGUCCACAUACCCAUGCCUAUGGAGAGAAAGGAUAUCCGGGUGUUAUCCCUCCAAAAGCCACACUUGUUUUUGAUGUAGAACUCCUGGACAUCAAGUGAUGAAGUGGAACCUUCACCAGACCACAGGAAAUAGUCUUGAUUUCCUGUUAGAUAUAUAUAUAGCUGUAUCUUGUAGUUUAUUCACAAGGGAUUUCAUAAUCAGCUUUGUAUUCAACAUGUGUUCAUCAUGUAUCCAUUAUCAAUUGAGCUUCUGUACAGUUUAAAUUCUAAUGCAUUUUUUGUAAGACAGUUUUUUUUCCUAUCAAAUUUAAUGGUCCGACAAUAAUGACCUUUUAACUUUAAAACAAAAUUUGCAUUUGGACCUUUUUCCUUUUUUUAAGCAGAAAAAAAUGUAAAUUUGACACCAUUGGUUCUACCAUGUGAAUAGUGGUUGUCAAUGCUCUUUGAAAGAUGUCAAAGCUUAUUGGUUUUACUGUGACAAAUCGAACAACUAUUAAGAUGUAGAACAAUAUGUUAUGCUUUUCUAUUAGAGAAUCCAAUUCUUGUGAAAUAAUAUCAUGAUGACCACCAUUCUCCUAGCAUUUCAAUAUUUAGAAAUCUGCAUGAAAUUCAUGUAAUCCAUCAUAUUUUAUUGUUUUAUAUUUGAUAUCUUCUUAUUUAUUGCGAGACACUAUCUGUGACAAGUUUGCUUACCAAGCGGUUAUUGGACCAUUUUACAGAUGAGGUUGUAUAUGUUUUAGUCAAUGACAUUGUAUGUGUGAAUGGUUCUCCUAAUGAUAAUCUAUUCAUGUAUUCACAUGAAAUUUUUAGCUCACCUGGGCCAAAGGGCCGAAUGAGGUUAUGCCAUAUUGCGACAUCCGCCAUCUGUCCUACGUCCGUCAACUUUUCAUUUAAACAACUUCUCCCCAAAUACCGGAAGUCCUAGAAUCAUUAUAUUAGGUUACCAUGUUCUUCUUAUGGUGUCCUACAAAGUUUACUAAAAGAAAUUACCUUGACCAAUCUUCAAGGUCACAGGGGUCAAACAUGUUAAAACGUUGAAACAAUUUCUACGGAUAGAUCGAAAAGCCGAGAAUUAUAUACUGUGGAUUCAUUUUAUUUCGUGGGGGUCCAAUUUUCGUUGUUUUCGUGGAUGAGCAAAUCCACGAAUUUAAAAACACAACGAAAUAUGAACUACUUACUAAAGUAAUUUUGAAAUUUGACCAAGUAAUCUUUGCCGACACCGGAAACGUCCACCGGUAAUGACAGAAGCCCCGUAAUUAGUUGGGAGUCGGGUAGUCUGAGGCUUGACAUGGAUACGCUAAAUUGGUGUCAACGAUAUAUAAUUAUAUAUUAUUAAACAUAACAAAGGGUAAGUACCCAUUGUGAUGCUAAGUAUGAUGGGAUCACAGUCGUUAGCGACACUGUGGACACUAGGCUUGAUCGGACCAUCCUGUCGAUUGAAGAUUGGAUCCGUAUUUCUAUCCGACUACAGGUUCACAAUAAUUAUUAAUAAUGCAGAUCUUGUUUACACACCUGUUUACACACAUGGUCCAAUCGAUACGCGUGGU